AUGCAGCGUGUAGAGCAUGUGAGGAGCAACGGGAGCAGCUGCCCGUUGGCGGUGAAGCCAGGGGGGUGGCACUUGUGUGGGUUCUGUCGAGUUGUGUUGUUCCAAGGGGUGCAUGUUGUCUGUCGAUGUAUGCACGGAAAUCUGUAUCGGCAAGACAAUUGCUUUGCGUUGGGCGAAUAUACGCGUUGUCGGGACUGUGCGGGGCAGCACUUGGUGUUUUAUUCUGUGCGUGAAGAAGCGCAUGCGUUAAUGUUAGGUGCCAGAUGCGGCGUAGCAGGUGUCAAGCCUAUCGUGGAUGAACGGGUGCUAUGCGAGAGAAUCCUGUACGGUGGAGGGUUUGUUUUGAGGCUGCGGGAGUCUGGAGUACCCUUGCGUGCACGGCCGUCUUGUGCGGAGUGGCUGGAGCUGCACGUCAUAUUGACGGAUGCAUGUAUGCGACAGCAGGCUGAUUGUUGGCAGUCGAGCAAGCUUAUAACUUGUGUCAGCACAAUGUGGAGGAUGAAGGACGGGCGUGGAGGAUGCGGAACAGGGGAGGUGGGUGAAGAGCGCGGGAGAGUUGGGCGGGUGUUGAAGGGCUGUAGAGAGGAGAGUGGCAAACGGCAUGGUUGGGACUUGUGGAUAAUGGCUUUUCACACAGGAGGUGCGCAAUGCGAAGCAUGGGAGGGAAGGGAAAGACGCUAA